AUGGAGUCGAACCAAGCCAAACCCGGCCUACUGUGCAACCCUGAAGCCUCUCAGAGAACCCUGUAUUCUAUUCUCAUACUUCUGGCUUUUCUCAUUUUUAAUGUUAAAUGUAUGAUGCGUAUUUUUGGUUCUUAUGGGUCUACCCUGCGAUGCAAGAGUGUGGAACGAAUGAAGCCUAUUGGAAAGCAUUCUCUUCUUGGUGCAAGUGGAGAAAUAAGUGGCUUUCAAGAGCUAUUACGUUAUCUUGAUGAGCUCAUCCUAUAUGACAACAUGUGGGAUGAUGGCAACUCUUUGGGACCUAAAGAGGUCCACAACUAUUUGACCCGUGUGAUGUACAAUAGGCGGAACAAGUUCAAUCCACUGUGGAACUCUCUUAUCCUUGGUGGAGUGAAAAAAGGACAAGCUAGCAUGAUUGGUGUAAAUUUUGAGGACAAUCAUGUAGCUACAGGAUUUGGAAAUCACCUUGCACGGCCUAUUCUUCGUGAUGAAUGGCAUGAGAACUUGACUUUUGAAGAGGGUGUAAAGCUACUGGAGAAAUGCAUGCGUGUCCUUCUCUAUCGUGAUCGGUCUGCUGUCAACAAGCUUCAGAUUUCCAAAAUCACUGAAGAAGGUGUAACCAUCUCUCAGCCCUACUCUUUGAAGACUUUCUGGGUUUCUCUCCUUUCGAAAAUCCAACAUUGGGUGCUGAAGGAUCAUGGUAGUUGA